AUGCUGGAUCCACUUCGCUCAGCGCGACCACCAACGGUCAUGGACAUGCCAUACAACGAAACCCUCCUAUUUACCAUAUCUACAUUCGUGCCUUAUGUCGGCUGCAUCCUCGUCGCUCUAUACCAACUGAUACUCAGACACAAGCCUACAUUUAUCCUCUUUGUCUUGGGGGGUUCAUUAUGCGUUGUCCUGGACCCUUUGAUCAACGCUCUAGGGUGUUGCUAUUUUGCAAGGACAGAUUUGGUCUUGUACGUACAUAACGGUCGACCGAUCCCGUUGUUUAUGUUGGCUUCCUACGGCACAUUCAACGGUGGUUUCGGGUAUUGGUGGUUCACCAAGUUCCAAGACAAGAAAUCCCCCAUGACCCCCCAAGGCUUGUGGAAGCUAUGGGCUUUCGCAUACAUAUCCAAUCUAGCCUUGGAGUUUCCAGUCAAUCAAUGGGGUCUCCAGUCCUAUUUCGGUUUCCAGCCGUUCAAGGUGCUCGGGAUGCCAUUAUGGUUCCCGGCUGUAAACUCUACGAUGCCGAUUGUUGCAGCCUCCCUGGUCAAUGUCCUGUGUGAAAGAUCUUUGAGAGGUUGGAAGAAACUUGCCAUCAUCUUGAUCAUCCCGUCUGCUGAUAUUCUUGCAAAUGGGGCAAUGGCGUGGCCGGUCUGGAUCGCCCUUGCAUUGGAUAAGGGAUACUACGUUUCCUACCUGAUGGGAGUUAUCACCUUUAUUCUUGUGGUUAUUUCUCUUGUGCUCAUGGGCCUACAGUUCGACAGUUGUCACGGCGAGGUGAGGGAGGGCAAAAAAAGAGCGAACGGCAAACUCAAAUGA